CAGAGAAAUCAAAGCAAGAAACAAAUCAGUGAGAGAUGGACAAGGCAAUAGAACUAGGAGUAGAAGCCAUCUUUACAAAUGUGCUGCAGUUGAUCGAUGACAACCGCAAAUUGAUGAGCGGUAACGAUGCCGUAAUCGAGGACCUGACAAAAAGCCUCAUUCUAGUGAAGAAAUUCAUGGAGUUGUACACUGAAGAGUACUACAAAGACGACAUCCUGAGGACGCUGGCGAACGAGAGCAGGAGUCUGGUGCAUGAAGUUGAAGAUGUCCUGGAAACCCACAUCGUCGAGGAGUCACGGUUCAAAAACAAGAAUUUCGUUGAGAAACUGUUAUCGCUUCUGGUAUCGCCAGGAAACUCGCGGAACUUCGGCAAAGCCAUCCGUGAGCUGAGUGAAAAGGUUAGGAAGGCGUGCGAUGAGAACAAGGAGAUUGGCCUCCGCAUCAAAACGAGUAAAGCGAACGGAAUGCUUGGUCCAAUUCCCGCAGACAAUAAUACGCCUGCAAGUAAUCAAUGGGGGGACAGAAUCAUCGGGUUUGAGGAUGCAGCUGACACAGUACUGGACCUUCUUGGCGUACCAAAUCUAGACCCAGGCAGGUCCGACAGAAAGAGAAAGAGGCAGAGCACGUCGGAGGCAGAGCAACAUGGUGACGAAAACCCUCUUGAAAUAGUGUCGAUUCAUGGAAUGCUUGGACUCGGGAAGACAACGCUUGCUAGAAAGGUUCUGAAUGACCCUCAGGUUGAAUAUCAUUUUUUCACUCGCAUAUUUGUCAGUGUUUCGAAGGAUUACAACAAGAAAGAAGUGCUUCUUAGUAUACUGAGUACCUUCAUCAAGAACAUUAGGGAUCGUAACAUGUCGGUGCAAGAAUUAGUUGCCGAGGUCCGAAAGAGACUGAAGUACAAGUAUUUGAUUGUCAUGGACGAUGUUUGGGAUACAAAAGCAUGGGAAGAUCUCAAGGAUGCUUUUCCAGAUUAUAACAAGGGCAGUAGGGUGUUGAUAACUACUCGACAAGAGUCUAUGGCCAAGCGUGCUGCAACAAAGACUGAUCCCUACCAGUUGCGAUUUAUGACCAUAGAAGAAGCUGAAGAAUUACUAAGGACGAAGGUUUUCAAUGAAAACGAAUGUCCAGAGAAGCUGCAACCUGCUGAAUCAAGAAUUCUGAAAAAAUGUGGCGGGCUACCAUUAGCAAUAGUGGUAACAGCAGGUAUUCUGAGGAAUGAUCCAGAAAACGAGAAGUGGUGGGAGAAUGUGGCUCAAAAAUCACUUAGUAUGGAUGAGUUAGAUAGUGAUAGCCAGAAACAAUUAGUGGAUGAUUUAAUAAGACGGAGUUAUGAUAACUUGCUUCACGUAUACAAAUCAUGUUUUCUCUACCUUGGUGUCUUCCCUGAAGACUUGGAGAUCCAAGUUUCAAAAUUGUUCCAAUUGUGGAUAGUAGAAGGCUUCAUUCCCCAAAUUGAGCGAGAAAGCAUGGAGGAAACUGCAGAGCGAUGUUUGCGGGAAUUGGUUGACAGGAACUUAGUGAUGGUGAGGCAGAGAACCUUAAGUGGUCGGAUUAAGACGUGUUUAGUCCAUGAUACGCUGCGUGACUUUUGCAAAAGGACAGCCAAAGCUGAAAAUCUUUUCGAAGAAUGUGACGUGGGGACGGUUUCAUCUUUCAGCCGUCGCCUUUGCUGCAUUAACUCACACUUCUCAAGCUACAUUUCCAAUCAACAGCCUGCUCAGAAUGUCCGUUCAUUCUUGAGCUUUGGCCUGGAAGAAACAACACUGAACCGGCAUCUCUGCUCAGAUGUAUUCAAGCAGUUCAAACUACUCCGAGUGUUGGAUAUCUUGUCCAUCAGGCUCCCUGGAACUCGUUUUCCGACCCAACUGCUUAACCUUGUUCUGCUAAAGUUUAUUGCCAUCUGUUGCGAGCUAACAGUCCUUCCCAAAAAAAUGUCUAGCUUGCUUAGCUUGCAAACUCUUGUAGUUCACACCACAUCCUCCACUCUUGACAUACAAGCAGACAUCUGGUCGAUGACAAAGCUAAGGUAUCUACAUACUAAUACCUCCACAAUCUUGCCUAAAUGUCUGGAGCAAUCUCCUGGUGGUGAAAACCUACAAACUCUAUCUACAGUUUCACCUGAAAGUCUUACAAAAGAUGUGUUUAAAAGGGCUAGAAACCUUAAGAAGCUUGGAAUAUGUGGGAAGUUAAACAAUCUUGUGGAAGCCAAUGGUGAGUCUAGUUUGUUUGAUUGUCUUUGCGAACUGAAUUCCCUUGAAAAUUUGAAGCUAUACGGUGAUGACGUGAGCUCCAAGCUACUUGCCCUUCCUGAGGCACACAAAUUCCCGCCAAGGUUGACAAGGCUGAGCCUGCAUAACACAAGUCUAAAUUGGGACUACAUGUCUAUACUCGGAAAUCUUCGGUAUCUUGAGGUGCUCAAGCUGAAGGACUAUGCCUUUAAGGGAGAUUAUUGGAAGACAAAACAAGGGGGUUUUCCUUCUCUUAAAGUUUUCUUCAUUGGAGCUACAGAUUUAACGCGUUGGGACGCUAAAGCCAAUGACUUCCCAGAACUCAAAUGCCUUAUUCUCAAGCAGUGCAAAACACUUGAGCGGAUCCCAUCUGACUUUGUUCACAUGAAGAAGCUCGAGAUGAUCAAAGUUGAACAUACCAAGGAUUCGGUAGUUUCAUCUGCCAGGAGAAUUGUGCAACUACAAUUGGAAGUGCUUUUGCAGCAAAAGAGUAAAAAGACUAGCCCAGUUAAGCUCAUAGUUUAUCCUCCAGAGUAUUGAACGCCAAGCAAACUGCAAUAUAAGUGCUUCUUUAACAGGAUUUCAUGCUUGCUAGUUUUUGUCUUCUGCUCGCCUGAAUGAAUUCGUAAUGUGGAGACGCUGAAGCUUCUAUCUCAAUCUUUCGUGUUUCUUCUCUAUUCUGCAGUAAUAAAGGCCCAAUACCUGGCUCUGGGCAACAACAUUCAGCUGCUAUGAUUUCUUUGCAUUGUUUUUUGUUUCAGUAUCUUUGAAAAUGUCAAAUUUUCUUUUGAGCAAUUGUUGUGAUAGAAAUAAGGCCAUGGAUCUUCUGGCAAAUUCAGUGAUUGAAAUAGAUAUUCUCUUUCCACCAGGAAACUCUUGCUGCAUUGAAUCUAGGGUCUUGUACUUUUCUUCCUGUUAGAGGUUUGGUUUUUACCUCCUCAUCUUGUUUCCUUGUAUUGUUAAGUUUACGUGGAAUCUUGCUCCGAUGUAUUGUACCCUUCCUUGUGUUAAAUGAUGAAAUUGCUGUAGUUUUUCUUUGGAAACGAAGGAAGGACUACGACCUAGUAAAGUUGCUUUCCAGCUUCAAGUU